AAAUGUCAGAGGGUGAACAAGAUGUGGCAUACCAGCUUCGAGUGACCCUUUUUGAUAGAAAUCACCAGCAAUUCUUUGGAAAAACAUGGAAGAGCCUACCCCAGAAGAUGAAAAACAACAAGAUCUCCUUCAAUGAGGUCCUGUACUUCUAUACCUCUCUGCGGUUGCCCAGCAUGGUGGUGGUACUGGAGCUGGUGUCCUUGUCACCCAGGCCAGAUGGCUCCCAGCAGGCCCUGGGGCGAGGCUUCACUGUCCUGGAGCUUUUCACCAACAGGCCAGAGGCUCAGGCUGCUGAUGGGGACAGAAGACUGAAUCUACACCAUGGAUCACCAAGAAGCCUCCUCCAUCCCCUGCUGAAGGACACUGUUGACUGUAAGAACCUUUUUUAUUUGCCAUGUUUUACAAGUAUGUAUUAGGUCCAUUCACUUUAUUUAUCCCUAGAGUAGUGUACCAGGAAAACUGA